GGUUGUGUGCGGGUGGCGGAGCCGCGGCGAUGCUGCUGGUGCUGUCGGCGGAGCACAGGGCGCACCUGGGCUGUUUGCCGCGGGCCGGCGGCGCAGCCCUUGGCGAGCUGGGGCGCCUGGCGCUGGAGCAGCUGCGGCGGGGAGCGGCACCGCGGGCCUGCGAGUCCGCUGCCAGAAAGCUGAACAUUAGCGUUGACAUCAUUCAGCACGGGGUAGAAGGACUAGUGUAUCUUCUUACUGAGAGUUCCAAGCUUAUGAUUUCUGAGGUUGACUUCCAGGAUUCCAUUCAUGUUUUGGGAUUCUCAGAUGAAUUGAACAAAUCCUUGCUCCAGCUGUACCUUGACAACAGGAAAGAGAUCAGGAGCAUUCUUGGAGAGCUGGCACCAAGGCUUCCCAGCUACCAUAGUCUGGAGUGGAGACUGGAUGUGCAGCUUGCAAGCAGAAGUUUGAGACAACAGAUCAAACCUGCGGUGACUAUGAAGCUGCAUCUUAAUCAAAAUGAAGAUCAAACUGCCCAGGUGUUGCAAACUGACCCUGCUACCCUUCUCCACCUUAUCCAGCAGCUGGAGCAGGCGUUGGGGGAGAUGAAGAUGAACCACUGCAGAAGAAUAGUGCGCAACAUGAAAUAACCCUGGUUCUCCUCCGCUCUCUUACUAAGCAGUUUGUGAAAAAAACUCAAAACACUUCUCACAAAUACAUUUUGAGGAAAAAUAAACAUCUGGGUCAGAUGAACUGUUUUCCUGUGCCAGGAUCUUGAGCCAGUAUAUACUGGCCAAAUAUCCUUGGCUGCCAGCUUUGCACAUCUAUAUGUGGUGACCUUUUUCACACAAUCAUCUUCACAUAUAGUACAUGGUAAUUAAAUGGGAUCAAAUAUUACUACUUGGGAUUUUUGACUGGUAUUUUUAAUGUAAAUUAUCUCUGUUUUCAGGUGAAACACAAGAUUGGCCGAUACAUAGAUGAGUGGUUUCUCUCAUUCCAUCUCUCCUCACUAUAGCCAUAGUCUGGAACUCAGGGCAGCAAAGCAGAAGUUUUAGAUAGAGAUCUUAGAAACCUUCUGUGUCGUCUCACUACUGCCUGAUGAAUCUGAACAUACUUGCCUUUUUCUCUCGUAAACAUUUUAAAAAAUCCAGCUGCUGUAGAGCUGAUUGGCAUCACAGUGAGUGCUGGCAGUCUAUAUGUGGGUCAUAUACUGAAGCAUGUGCCAACUGAGAAGGGGGAGGGUUUUCUUUGGGCAUUCUGAGUAAAAUGGUCAGUUGAAAGCAGGUGUUGAGAAUGCAGAAUGUCACUGGAGAGCCUGCGUGUUCCUUUGUGCAGUGUUUUGCAAUAUCGAAGAAGGAAAAGCUGCAAAACUGAAUGGUUUUGUUUCCUUUUACAAAAAAUUACCUCAACUAAGGAUGGUCAAAGGUAAACUUGGAAGCUGGUGAAACUGAGAGAAGUCAAACUCUGGCAGUGAUCCACAAACAGAUUCGAGGUGAGAGGGGAGGCAAAGAUCCUUUAUGCCCAACGUCUUACUUUUAAAUUGUACCUUUCAGUUUGUUCUGAAGUACUAGGGGAAGUACUAGGCCUGGAAAAGCAGCUGCUCGGCAGCAGGAUUUGGGCUUAAUUAUUAGAAAAGCAGAUUUGCCUUUAGGUGAGGUUGGAACUGGUCUACACCCUGCAAGUUCUUGCUUCUCUUGUCUUCACAGCAUCCAGGGCAGCUACUGAGGGCUUAGCACUUCCAGCCCACUGGUGAGUGUGACUGCACAGCAAGCAGCACUGACUAGUGGUGCCUCUGUAUGGCAGGUGAGGCUGGGAGUGAAAAGGCACAUGUGUCAGUAGCCCAGAGAUACUAGUAAAGUAGGAAUUCACCCUUGGAUACGGACUUGGAUUUUGUUGUAAACUCCCAAAUUAAAGGUGGCAUAUAAAGCUACAUUUAAUGCAUCUUCUCUAAUUAUUUUGCACUCGCUUUAUGGAAACCCUUGGACAUGACAAGACUACAAAGCAUUUUUCACAAGCUACUGGAAAAAGGUUACGGUGCUGCUUUUAACCCAUUUUAUUUUUAAUGGGGUUUUAAAAAUUUACUGCUGUUCCAUUGUGUUCUUUGUUCUCCAUCACCAUUUAGUUCAGAGGAAUACAAGUUUUCUGUUCCUGUAUGGCUGCUCACAGAUGGAUACGGAGCACCCAGCUGUAGUUACUACUUUCUCAGAGUCUCCUUGCACAGAGCAAACCCAAAGCAGAGGCAGAACCAUCCCAGGCUGCGCUGUGUGCUGGUCACUUGGUUACUGAGAAAGAGCAAGGUUUGCCCAGGGACCCUGAAUGUUUUAUUUUAUCACAGACAUCACAGGUAUUGCUUCAGCUAUGUGGGUUUUCUCAGAAAAUUGUUAAUCUAUGAAGAGCUUUGAUGUAGAGCAGUGAUAGAUCUAGAUUAAAAACUACAUGUGAUAUUUCUUAAGUCGUUUGAUGCUCAUCAUACAAGGGUACUUUUAAAAGUGCACUUACUUCUAAGCUGUUUGCUUGGGUUUUCAUUGAAGAAGAGAUUGAACUUGCUGCUAGAAAAUUCACAACAAAAAGGGUAUAUUCAUAGUACUGGGCUUUAUAAAUCCUUCAGAUGAACACAAAACCUCUGUACUACUCAAAAACAUUUGAGCACUAUGUGAAAUUGAGAUAAAAUAAUGUUAUUGUCUUAUCUUUUUUACAAUGUACAUUCUUGAAAAGAGAACAAAGAAAUAAUGAUAAGGAACUUUC